AACCGGAAAGUCUGUAUAAAAGAGGAGAGGACAUGGGCUUAGUUCUUAAGAGGCUUUUGGAUGAAAAAAUAUGAAUACGCAGAAAGCUUGGUUCUAUGAGGAGUAUGGUCCGAAGGAAGUCCUCAAGUUGGGGGACUUUCCCCUUCCAACUCCGGCCCAUAACCAAAUACUUGUCCAAGUAAGAGCUGCUGCUUUGAAUCCCAUUGAUUUCAAGAGACGCCAACGAGCCAUCUUUCCUUCAGAUUUUCCGGUUGUCCCUGGCUGUGAUAUGGCCGGCGUCGUGGUGGCAAGAGGCGACGGUGCAACAAAAUUCGGUAUAGGCGAUGAAGUGUACGGCAACAUCCAGGAUUUCAAUGCUGAGGGGAAGCUAAAGCAGCUGGGGACACUGGCGCAAUUCAUUGUCGUGGAGGAGAGCUUGGUUGCUUUGAAGCCAAAGAACAUUUCAUUUGAAGAGGCUGCUAGCUUGCCUUUAGCAAUUCAGACCGCGAUUGAAGGCUUUGUGACCGCAGGUUUUAAGGGGGGGCAGACGGUAUUCAUAGUUGGCGGAGCAGGUGGUGUUGGAACUCUGGUCAUUCAGCUGGCCAAGCACUUGUAUGGAGCUUCUGAAGUGGUUGCUACAGCCAGCACUCCAAAGGUGGAGUUUGUGAAGAGUCUGGGCGCUGAUAAAGUUGUGGACUACACAAAAACUAAAUAUGAAGAAAUAACCGAAAAAUUCGAUUUUCUCUAUGACACAAUUGGUGACACCAAGAAUUCCCAUGUUGUAGCAAAGGCGGAUGCUCCAAUUGUUGACAUCACUUGGCCACCGUCCCAUCCAAGAGCGGUUUAUUCAAGCUUGACUGUCUGUGGGGAGAGUCUGGAGAAGCUUAGGCCAUACUUAGAUAGUGGAAAACUCAAGGCCAUCAUCGAUCCAACCGGUCCUUACAGGUUCACAGACGUAGUUGAAGCCUUCGGGUAUUUGGAAACUGGAAGAGCCAGAGGAAAAGUCGUCGUCUCUCCCUUCCCUUCACUGCAACCUCCCCCUUUUGUUUUGUUGGAUAACAAGGGCAAUCCAGGCCCUUGACUAGUUCCUCAGAAGAUGUCCACUGCUCAGUUAUGGACCCAAAAUAAGGAUGACUUUCGUUGAAAAAUGACUUUUGUUGGGACUAUUUUACCCCUUGUUUUUUUUUUUUUUGUAUAAUACAUAUAUUUUUUUCAAUUCACUUCUUUUACUAAGAUCAACCUCUUCUACUAAGAUU